UGUGGAGCGGCAUACAUGGGUGUUAUGAGGUGGCAUGUGACAGAAAUAUGCCUCGCUCCACCUCGUGAGUGGCAGACGGCAAAAGGUUCUGUCCUCUAUCCAAAGCGUGUUUUGAGAGACUGAAAAAUUCACAGAUGUGAAAGAAUAUUUCGGACUAAUCCGAACGAGGGUGUGCAGAGGCGUGCUAUAAAGUCUACUGCAUGUCCAGAAAGUCUGUAUCGACUUAUCUGCGAACGCCUUCCAAACACACUCGUCUUCUCACCAGAGACCCCACAAUCUUAACAAAAUGCGCUCUUUUACUACCUUCACAGUCCUCUUUACGGCUCUUUUGAGCACCUUCACCAACGCUACUCCCAUCACCGAUCUUGCCUCUGUCAAGUCUGAUGUAACCGGUCUGAACAAGCUUGAUCUCCCUGCCGUGGGUCGGGAAAUCAAAAUUAGUUCUUCGGGCGAGACCGAUGUUGAACUUCCCUCUGUCGCUGUCGUCUUCACUACUGUCUUCACCCAGAUCCAGCCCUUGACUAACCAGCUUACCUACCUCACUCCGCAAAACGCUAGCGUUGCUGCCAUCUCACCUGUCAUCGCUCAAAUCAAGACUCAGCUUACCGGUGCUGUUCCUCAACUCCAAGCACUUGUUGGCCAGGAAUCCUCAGUCAUCCUUGCGCCUGUUGAUGGCGUCGUCUCGUUGACCGUCGCCGCACUUGCAACGCUCAUUGCUGAUGUCCUCACCCUUCUCUUCACUGCUCUGGGUGCCGUGCUCAGUAUCGUCGGCGGUGACGUCCACGCAGAGAUCCUCCCCCUGCUCACUGACCUCUGUGGCGUCGUCACCUCCAUCCUCCAAAUUGUUGUCACCCUCGUUGGUGGUAUCAUUGUCUCCCUUCUUCCUCUCCUUGUUCCUGUUCUCUCUAUUAUCGUUUCUUUAGGUCUCACAGGCCUCUUGUCCCUCCUCGGACUCGCCCUUUGAUGUGUGCCCUGCUAUUCAGCGUCACUCAUUCUGGCGCUAAUUCGACCAUAU